AUGAUAAAAAUGUUCUCUUUGAUGGUUGUCUUGUUGACCCUGAAGCUUUCCUUUCUGUUCAGCAGUUCAAUUGAACCUAGGUGCUUUUGGAGAUUAAAAACCAACAAAAUUUGGGAAGGAGACAAAGAUACUGAUUGUUUCUUCUAUAUUUAUACAAAGCUUGGUCAUGUGAAGAAUGAAUACUUCAGUGGGAAUUUAGAUAAACGGUUGACAGCCAAGAAUAUCCACUUGAUUUUUUCUCUUUACUUUGCCCUCAAAGAAAUCAACCAAAACCCACAUAUUCUACCCAACAUUUCACUGCUAGUCAAAGUCGAAUGUAGCCUACUAGAUGAUUGGAAAAUAAAAAGUUUAAUCUCAAAAAGAGGUGAAAUUAUUCCUAACUACUACUGCAUAAAUCAGAGAAGAUACUUAAUUGUACUUACAGGACCAAUGUGGUUAACAUCUGCCAUACUUGGACCACUCAUGUACAUCUCCAAAAGACCAGAGCUUUACUACGGGCCUUUUCAUCCUCUCCUGAGCAGCCAAGAACAGUUUCCAUAUCUAUACCACAUGGCUCCUAAGGACACUUCUCUGGCCUUGGCCAUGGUGUCUUUGGUGGUCCAUUUCAGCUGGAACUGGGUGGGAGCAAUCAUUUCAGAUGAUGACCUAGGACUCCAGUUUCUCUUGGAAUUGAGAAAAGAGAUGAAAAGAAGUGGUGUUUGUUUAGCUUUUGUGAGUAUUAUUAUAAGUGGUAUGACAGCAUUCCUAAGAAAUGUAGAUAUAUAUUAUAACCAGAUCAUGCUGUCAUCAGCAAAAGUUGUUAUCAUUUAUGGAGAUAAAGACUCUAAUCUACAAGUGAACUUUAGACUAUGGAAUUUAGUGGACCUUCGGAGAAUUUGGGUCACUACUGCACAGUGGGAUAUGAUCAUACAUAAUGGAAAAUUCCUCCUUAGCUCCUUUUAUGGGACCCUCACUUUUUCACAUCACUAUUCUGAAUUGCCUGGUUUUAAAACAUUUAUCCAGACAGCACACCCUACAAACUACAGUAAUGAUAUAUCUCUUGCUAGAUUAUGGUGGAUGUAUUUUAAUUGUUCUAUGUCAUCAUUUAAUUGCAAUAAUCUGAAGAAUUGUCCAACCAUAACAAUAUUAAACUGGUUAUUCAAUAAGCAUCUUGAAAUUUCUUUGAGUGGUACAAGUUACGAUCUACAUAAUGCUGUGUAUGCUGUGGCCCAUGCACUUCAUCAGAUGCUUCUGCAACAAGUAGAUACAUGGCAAAGUAAUGAUGGAAAAGAACUGGAAUUUGACUCUUGGCAGAUGGUCCCUUUCCUGAAAAACAUUCAGUUUACAAACCCUGCUGGAGACCAAGUGAACAUGAAUCAGAAAGAAAAAAUGAAUACAGAGUAUGACAUUCAUCACACUAUGGAUUUUUUGCCAAAACUCGGUCUUAAGGUGAAAAUAGGAAUGUUUUCCCAAUAUUUACCAUAUGGUCAACAAUUGAGUAUGUCUGAAGAGGUGACACAGUGGAACACUGAUAUUAGACAGACUCCAACCUCAGUGUGCAGUAUUCCUUGCAGUCCAGGAUCCAGAAAAUCCCCUCAGCAGGGAAAGGCUGUCUGCUGUUUUGAUUGUAUACCCUGCCCAGAGAAUGAAAUUUCCAAUAAGACAGACAUGGAUCAGUGUGUAAAGUGUCCAGAUGAUCAAUAUGCCGACCCUGGAAGAACACACUGCCUCAAAAAAGUUAUGGCAUUCCUGGGUUAUGAAGACCCUUUAGGAAUGUCUCUUGCCUGCUUGACUCUGUGCUUCUUUUCUCUGACAACUCUUACACUUUGUGUGUUUUUGAAGCACCAAGACACACCCAUUGUCAAGGCUAACAACAGAACUCUCAGCUAUGUUCUGCUCAUGUCCCUUAUUUUUUGUUUUCUCUGUUCCUUACUCUUCAUUGGCCGUCCUGUUAUGGCCACAUGCAUCAUGCAGCAGACCAUGUUUGCAGUUGUGUUUACUGUGGCUGCUUCUACUGUCUUGGCCAAGACAGUUACAGUAGUACUGGCUUUCAAAGUUACUAAUCCAAGUAGAAGGUUGAGGUGGCUGCUUGUGUCAAGGGCACCAAACUUCAUCAUUCCAAUUUGCACCACAAUUCAGCUGAUUAUUUGUGGAAUCUGGCUGGGCACUUAUCCUCCAUUUGUUGAUGCUGAUGUACAUGUUGAAAAAGGUCAUAUUUUGAUUAUCUGUAACAAAGGUUCAAUUAUUGCCUUCUAUUGUGUCCUGGGAUACUUAGGCUCCAUUGCCAUGGGAAGUUUCAUUGUUGCUUUCUUGGCCAGGAAUCUGCCUGACACAUUCAAUGAAGCCAAGUACCUGACUUUCAGCAUGCUGGUGUUCUGUAGUGUCUGGGUGACCUUCCUUCCUGUCUACCACAGCACCAAGGGGAAGGCAAUGGUGGCCGUGGAGGUUUUCUCUAUCUUGGCCUCCAGUGCUGGCUUGCUUCUUUGCAUCUUUGCCCCAAAGGUCUACAUUAUUUUGUUAAGAUCAGGGGGAAAUUCUUUUCAGAAAUCCUGGAAUGUGCGUUUUAGAAUUCAAAAUGCUCAUUAA